CCGAUAAACCCUAAAAUAUUUGGGGAGAAAUUUCAGGGUUCAUGAGGAAUGGCAGCGGGAUUUGUCUUGACGCCCCACAAGCUCUCGAUGUGCGUGCUUCUCCAGCUCUACGCGGCGCCGCCCGCGCUCACGCCUCCAUUCCCUCUGCCGGCGGCGGUGCGGCAUCAGCUGGCGCUCUUCCUGCUCGGAUUGGCCAAGGCCUGCGAUGGAUUCCUGGAGCCGACGCUCGAGGACCUGGGAAUGCAGCUCAAGGAGUGCCUUGGCAGCAUUGGCGAGGUGAUUGCCGAGCAGCUGGCGAGUCGAUUGCUGGGAUUUUCAUCGCCGGAGGACUUGUUUACCUUUGUUGUGCUGGGACUGAGAGAGAUUGUUGUCCCGGCUCCAUACACAGUUCCUGAGCGCGGUGGUGGCAACGAAGAUUCAUUGCUGGUAGAACACAAUAGCCCGCUGGGACAGUUCUUGCGAAGAUGCAUCUUGUCAUUCAACAUUCUAUCCUUCGAGGGAACGUGCCGGCUUCUAGCUGAGCUUGAUGCAUAUCGUCGGCCGGCUUUAAGUAUUGGUGAUGGAAACAUAGUUGCAAAAGAUUCCUUGUCUUGCCAGCAAGCAGAAGGUGAUGAUGAUGAAGACGAAGAAGAAGAUCGGCUAGAAGACGAUGAAGACGAAAAUGUCAUCGCCUCCGUGACACCCGUUCACGGCAGGGAAAGACAUGGAAAUGGUCGGCGGGCAUUCGGAGUUCCAUUGAUUCCGACUGAAGGAAGUGAAGAGCUGGAACUGCAAGAGUUCACGGACAUGCAGGAGCUCGAAGGUUUUGGUGCAAACCAUGUGGGAAACGGUGGAGGUGUUCGAGACGGUGGGUUUGCAUUUGCAUUUGGUGAUGCUGCAAGCAGGGGCGAGCAUGCAACACAGGGUAGUUUUCUGCGGACAUAUGGUCAGGUUGAAGCUUUCAUGAAAGACCAAGCCAUACUUAUAGCCAAAGAACUUGGAACAACGAACAAAGUAGAUCUGGACACUAAGCUCAAUCUUAUAGAAAACUUGGCUCCAGAGAUGCACCGGGUCCACUAUCUUCAGUAUCUUAACUCUAUUCAUCAUGGAGACUAUCCAGCUGCUAUGAGCAGACUCCAUCAGUACUUUGAUUAUAGUGCGGGACGAGGAAACAUCGCACCCGGCAUCGACGCAAGUGUCGGAAGGUUCCAAGCUGGCCUUCUCACUCUUGGAUCUAUGCACGCACACUUUGGUCACGUCACUCAAGCGUUACAGGCUCUCAGUGAAACUGUUCGCAUCGCUCAACAGAACAACGAUGAUACUUGUCUUGCGCAUUCUUUGGCUGCUUUGUGCCACUUACUAUCGGAAGUGGGUGUUGCUGCCGAAGUUACAAAGGCCGGUGCAAUCGGCGACUUUGAUCGUAGUAUUGGUCCACAGCUCGCUGCUCAGCAGCAUUUGCUUCUUUCUUUAAACCGGUGCUUAAAACGAGCAUUAGAGCUGAAACUUCCCAAUCUAGUUGCAUUCAGUCGCUUGGCUUUAGCGAAGUUUGAUCUCCAGCAUGUUCGCAGGUUGCCUCUGAUCGGAGGGCUGAGAAGCUCCGAACAACUUGGGACAUCGCCAGUUGAUGUUUGCAAGACUCUCAGAAUCAGUCCAUAUCUUCUAGGCGACCUGGUGCACAGUAUGUCGUCAUCCGGGUCGCAGCGGAUCACUUCUGGGGCUUUCGGUCAAGCACCUGGAAUGCCCGGAAACUCUCAAACAGGAAGGCUGGGACCUUUGUCAGAAUCACUGUUGAAGCUGGCUGGAUCCUCGUAUCUUCUUCGAUCUUGUUCGUGGGAGUUGUAUGGCAGCGAUCCGAUGAUGCGCGCGAGUACCUUGGUUCAUGCGUACUGCUACUCCAAAUCCGCAAGUGCAGAUGAUUUAUCGGUAGCCUAUGUAAAGCUUGCCCAUCAUUUAGCAGCUCAUAAGGGAUAUAGAGUCGCUUUAACUGCGCUGGAGCAAGCAAUGAAGAAGUUUCCACUUCAUGCUAGAUCUUCUUUGCGAUCAGUUCAACUUCAAUUUAUUCAUAGUCAGGCUAUUAACCGUGGAAAUACCAGGCUUGCAUGGGUAGCAUGCUCCGAGCUUGCGGCAAUGGCUUCGCCAGUCCUAGGCGUUGACAUGGAACUAAAGUUUGAAGCUAGUUAUCGCCACGCACUAACGCUUCUGGCGUGUAAAAACUACAGUGAGGCAGCGACUUCAGCAGGAGAACUGUUCGCUUUGUGCUACAAGUAUGACAUGCAGCUACAUGUUGUCAAAGUCUUACUUCUUAUUGCUGAGAUUCACAAGAAAUCCGGGAGCGCUGUCACGGGGCUACCAUACGUACUAGGCAGCAUAACACUCAGCCAGUCACUCAACCUGGACCUUCUCCAUGCGGCGUCCAGGGUCAGCUUAGCAGAACUCUGGCUGGACCUUGGAGCCGACCACGCUCAACGAGCACUCGACCUUCUCCAGCAAAGCUUACCACUUGUCCUCGGCCAUGGUAGCCUCGAGCUUCGUGCGCGGACCAACCUCUGCAUUGCGCGGUGCUACGUAAGCAGCACAGACUUCGCAGUGGCUACAGCUCCAGAGCUUGUACUUGAUCCACUCCAACUCGCUGCGGAAGAAUUCAUGAAUUUAGAAGACAAAGACCAGGCAUCCGAAGCUUUCUACUUGCUGGCCACCACGUUUAACUCGAUCGGUCGUAUGGAAGAUCGAGACAAAGCCGCGGAGAAAUUCCAGCAGUGCGUGGUAGAAGAACCGUAAGGCCAGGCCAACGAGCGAUAACCAGCAAGGAUUCUUCUUCCAGUACGGAGAUUCAUGUGAAUCGCCAAGGUUCCCGAUUCCUGUACGUAUGUGUCGGUAGCCACGUGUCCAUGACGUGUCUGUAAUAUCUUUUUCUCCUUUUAAAAAACCACCUAGGGUUCUUCCGC